CACCAGCAAACAUUUUUAAAUCAGCUGAGGGAGAUCACUGGUAUCAAUGACAUCCAAGUACUACAACAGGCACUAAAGGACAGCAAUGGUAAUCUGGAGCUGGCUGUGGCUUUCCUCACUGCAAAGAAUGCCAAGGUUCCCCAGCUAGAGGAGGCAACUUACUAUCAAACAGCCCUUCCUGGAAAUGACAGAUACAUCAGCGUGGGCAGCCAGGCAGACACCAAUGUGAUUGAUCUCACUGGAGAUGAUAAAGAUGAUCUUCAGAGGGCAAUUGCCUUGAGUUUGGAGGAAUCAAACAGGGCAUUCAGGGAGACUGGAAUAACAGAUGAGGAACAAGCCAUUAGCAGAGUUCUAGAAGCCAGUAUUGCAGAAAAUAAAGCAAGUUUAAAGAGGACGCAUCCAGAGGUAUGGAGUGACUCUCCAAACCCUUAUGAUCGAAAGCGGCAAGACAACUGUCCAGUAGGAUUAAAGAAUGUUGGCAACACGUGCUGGUUUAGUGCUGUCAUUCAGUCAUUAUUUAACCUACUGGAGUUUCGAAGACUAGUUUUGAAUUUCAAUCCUCCUGCAAAUGCUCAAGACUUGCCCCGAAACCAAAAGGAACAUAGGAAUCUGCCUUUCAUGCGUGAAUUGAGGUACCUGUUUGCACUUCUAGUUGGUUCAAAGAGGAAAUAUGUUGAUCCAUCAAGAGCAGUUGAAAUCCUUAAAGAUGCGUUUAAAUCGAAUGAUUCUCAACAGCAAGAUGUAAGUGAAUUUACACACAAAUUACUAGAUUGGCUAGAAGAUGCCUUCCAAGUUAAAGCUGAAGAAGAGAGGGAUGGAGAGAAACCAAAGAACCCAAUGGUGGAGUUGUUCUAUGGACGAUUUCUAGCAGUGGGUGUACUUGAAGGUAAAAAGUUUGAAAACACAGAAAUGUUUGGCCAGUAUCCACUCCAGGUUAAUGGCUUUAAAGAUCUGCAUGAAUGCCUAGAAGCUGCAAUGAUUGAAGGGGAAAUCGAAUCUCUCCAUUCAGAAAACUCUGCAAAGUCUGGUCAGGAGCACUGGUUCACUGAGCUUCCUCCUGUCUUAACUUUUGAGCUAUCAAGAUUUGAGUUUAAUCAGGCUUUGGGGAGACCAGAGAAGAUACACAACAAAUUAGAAUUUCCACCAAUUUUAUAUCUGGACAGGUAUAUGCACAAAAACAGAGAAAUAACAAGAAUUAAACGGGAUGAAAUCAAGAGACUCAAAGAGUACCUCACAGUUUUACAACAGAGAUUAGAACGAUAUUUAAGCUAUGGUUCUGGUCCUAAACGAUUCCCCUUGGUAGAUGUCCUGCAGUACGCCUUGGAGUUCGCUUCCAGCAAGCCGGUGUGCACGUCUCCCGUUGAUGACCUGGGUGCUAGUGCCCCUGCCAGUGGCAUGCUGCCAGCCCAGACCUCGCCCAGCGCAAUAGAGCAGCAGGGGCCUUCAUCUUCGGAUGUGCCAAGCACAUCUCCUGUUCAGAGAUCAGUAAUACAUAAACCAUUCACACAAUCACGAAUUCCUCCUGAUCUGCCAAUGCAUCCAGCACCAAGGCACAUCACUGAGGAAGAGCUGUCUGUCCUAGAAGGCUGUUUACAUCGCUGGAGGACUGAAGUAGAGAACGACACUAGAGAUUUACAAGAAAGUAUAUCUAGAAUACAUCGGACAAUUGAAUUGAUGUACUCUGACAAAACAAUGGUCCAA